AUGGACAGACGUACACCAUAUACGUUGAGCGUCCUCGCUCCUAGUCAGGAUGGUGUCGAGGAAUCCCGCACGCAGAUUCAGGCUCGCCUGCGGGAGUUUAUUCUUGCUUUCCAACUCGACAAUGCGUUCAUUUACAGAGAUCAACUUCGGCAAAAUGUCCUGGUAAAGCAGUAUUACUGCGACGUUGACAUUGCGCACUUGAUCUCCUAUAACGAGGAGCUCGCUCACAAGCUCACGACGGAGCCGGCUGAGAUCAUUCCUCUGUUCGAAGCUGCUCUGAAGCAGUGCACGCAACACAUCGUCUAUCCCUCUCAAAGAGACAUUGACCUCCCUCCGCACCAGCUACUUCUUCAUUCCAGUGCAUCUCACAUCUCCAUCAGAGACCUCAACGCCACAAACAUCUCUCAUCUCGUUCGAAUCCCCGGUAUUGUGAUCGGUGCAUCGACGAUAUCCUCAAAGGCCACUGUCGUUAAUAUUAAGUGCAAGAACUGCGAGUACACUGAAAAUAUCACUGUGGAUAGCGGGUUCGCUGGUCUUUCGUUGCCUAGACAGUGCGGUCGCAGGCCUCAGCCCGGAGAACAACCGCAAGAGAAGUGCCCUUUGGAUCCCUAUGUGAUCGUGCACGAGAAAUGUCAAUUUGUCGACCAACAGGUGCUCAAGCUCCAGGAAGCUCCCGAUCAGGUGCCUGUGGGUGAACUGCCGCGUCAUGUUCUCAUCUCUGCAGACCGAUACCUUGCUAACCGCGUCGUCCCUGGCACGCGGUGCACGGUAAUGGGUAUCUUCUCGAUUUAUCAGUCCAAGGGUGGUGGGAAAGGCAAUGCUGUCGCCCUCCGCAAUCCCUAUCUGCGGGCUGUGGGAAUCAGUACCGAUGUUGAUCACAACGCUAAGGGCGCGGCGAUCUUCACGGAAGAGGAGGAGCAGGAGUUUUUAGAGAUGAGCCGCAGACCUGAUUUGUAUGAAGCUCUCGCCCGAAGCAUUGCGCCUUCGAUUUAUGGCAACCUGGAUAUCAAAAAGGCCAUUGUGUGUCUGCUCAUGGGCGGCUCGAAGAAGAUUCUUCCGGACGGCAUGAAGCUUCGUGGAGACAUUAACGUCCUGUUACUGGGAGAUCCCGGUACUGCCAAGUCCCAGCUGCUGAAAUUUGUGGAAAAGGUGGCUCCCAUCGCCAUCUACACGUCGGGCAAGGGUUCGUCAGCGGCCGGUCUGACGGCUUCUGUCCAGCGAGACCCCACUACCCGCGAGUUUUAUCUUGAAGGAGGUGCGAUGGUCCUUGCUGAUGGAGGAGUUGUCUGUAUCGAUGAGUUCGACAAGAUGAGAGACGAAGAUCGGGUGGCCAUUCACGAAGCCAUGGAGCAGCAAACCAUCUCCAUCGCCAAGGCUGGUAUUACAACAAUUCUCAAUGCGAGGACCUCGGUUCUUGCAGCUGCCAACCCGAUCUUUGGCCGUUACGACGAUCUGAAGACACCUGGCGAGAACAUCGAUUUCCAGACAACUAUCCUGUCUCGUUUUGAUAUGAUCUUCAUUGUGCGAGACGACCAUGAGCGAAGUCGCGAUGAGCGGAUAGCACGCCAUGUCAUGGGCAUUCAUAUGGGUGGAAAAGGUGUGGAGGAGCACGUUGAAGCGGAGAUCCCCGUCGAGAAAAUGAAACGGUAUAUUAGCUACUGCAGAUCGUACGUUGACGCUUUUGCUCCCUACUUUUUGCCUCUUCGUGAAGCUAACGAGUUCUCUAGACGCUGUGCCCCUCAGCUUUCCCCAGAAGCAGCAGAGAAGCUGUCGUCGCAUUUUGUGUCAAUUCGCAAACAAGUCCACCGCGCUGAACUUGACGCGAACGCCCGUUCAUCAAUCCCGAUCACUGUGCGCCAACUGGAGGCUAUCAUUCGGAUUACGGAGGCUCUUGCCAAAUUGAGCUUGUCACCCGUCGCCACUGAAGCUCAUGUCGACGAGGCGAUCCGGCUUUUCCUCGCGUCGACGAUGGAUGCUGUGACUCAGGGUGAAGCCCAAGGAAGCAAAGAGCUCAUGGAGGAGGCGAGCAAGGUUGAGGACGAGUUGAAGCGUCGUCUUCCGAUCGGCUGGAGUACCAGCCUGGCAACUCUACGCCGCGAGUUCGUCGACGGCAGAGGGUAUAGCGAGCAGGCCCUGAACCGAGCACUGCUGGUGCUGCAACGCAGAGAGACAAUCCAGAUCCGGUCAGGAGGUUCGCAGGUCUACAGGAAUGGAGUGUAG